AUGGCGCAGGAGUCGACGACGCCCAAGCUGAACCCGCUCGACGACAAGUUCGAGACCGACCAGAAGCAGGCUGUGCCCGUUCGGCAGAAAUACCGUAUCCAUCGACUUACCGUACUAAUGACCAUAAGUCGCCUCCUCAACAUCAGUAUAGGGAUUAUCCGUUUCGCCCUGUUCCACACGACGGGCCAGAUGCAAGUGGUGGAUGUCGAGAAGACGGAUUGUCCACAAGAGGCACAUUGCUAUCAUCAGAUCAUUCGCCUGAUGGAGUCGGCAGUAUGGCAUAUCGGUGGCUGUGACCGGGAGACGACGUUCUGCCGUCCAGAUGCCCUCUAUCUACCUGGGGAAUCGUGUACCGGGAGCCAACUCGGGAAUACGGUGUGCUGUUGCAUCGAAGAAAACUGUAAUUUCGGGAUUAUCGAAGAGGAGCGGCCGGACGAAAUGGCUCGAAUCCGGCAAGAAAAUCCUGAUGCUUUCAAU